UCCCGUCAUGCCAAUCUGCGUCUCCAGGCAGCUAGGGCCGGGGAUGAGAGCGGAGGCGGCGGCUGGAAGCCCGGCUCCACUCUUGGUGCUGAUGGCGGGUCGGCGUUAACGUCAAGCAGGCGCAGUUCGUACCGGGCAACGCUUCGCACGUUCUACUGCCCACUUCCCCCCCCUUUUCCUCCUCCCUCUGUGAAAGAGACAGAGAAAAAAAUCUGGAGUGGCGCGAUUUAUCGGCUGUCCAUGUCGAAAAGGUUGAGGAGCAACGACAUCUGCGCCGACUGCGGUGUCCCCGAUCCUCGCUGGGCAUCAAUUAACAGGGGUGUUCUGAUCUGUGAUGACUGCUGCAGUGUACACCGCAGUUUGGGUCGACAUAUCUCUCAGGUACGACACCUGACACAUACACCAUGGCCUCCAACUCUGCUGCAGAUGGUACAAACCCUUGUUGGCAAUGGGGCAAAUUCAAUCUGGGAGCACUCCUUGCUGGAUCCUACAUCGACAGUAAGUGGAAAGCGCAAGGCCAGCCCGCAGGAUAAAGUACAUCCCAAUAAAGCAGACUUUAUCAGAGCCAAAUACUCAAUGCUAGCAUACGUCCAUCGUUUACCAUGUCGCGAGGAUGACAGUGCUGCAGCCAAAGACCUGAGCAAACAAUUGCACUCAAGCGUACGGACGGGGAAUUUGGAGACCUGCCUACGACUGCUCUCCUUAGGAGCACAAGCAAAUUUCUUUCAUCCUGAGAAAGGCAACACUCCUCUUCAUGUGGCAAGCAAAGGAGGCCAGAUUCUACAGGCUGAACUACUGGCAGUGUAUGGUGCUGAUCCUGGUGCCCCUGAUGCCAAUGGCAAAACUCCAAGUGACAAUGCAAGGCAAGCAGGACACCAUGAGCUAGCAGAUCGUUUGGUAGAAAUUCAGUAUGAACUCACUGACAGACUUGCCUUCUUUCUCUGUGGAAGGAAACCAGAUCACAAGAAUGGACAGCACUUCAUAAUUCCACAGAUGGCUGAUAGCAGUUUAGAUUUGUCAGAAUUGGCAAAGGCAGCAAAGAAAAAACUUCAGUCGUUAAGUAAUCACUUAUUCGAGGAGCUAGCUAUGGAUGUAUAUGACGAAGUAGAUCGAAGAGAAACUGAUGCAGUUUGGCUAACAACUCAAAAUCACAGCACGCUGGUCACUGAAACAACAGUCAUUCCCUUCCUUCCUGUUAAUCCAGAGUAUUCAGCAACGAGAAAUCAGGGGAGGCAGAAGCUGGCACGGUUUAAUGCUCAUGAAUUUGCCACUCUCGUCAUUGAUAUCUUAAGUGAUGCCAAACGGAGACAACUUGGGAAUCCUGUCACUAGUCCCAAAGAAAAUGUGGAGCUUGUACUGAAGAGCAUUAGUGAUCAUGGCAGUGUGAGCCAUGACAAUGAUCAGCCCGACUAUGACAGUGUUGCUUCAGAUGAAGAUACAGAUCAUGAACCUGCCACUAAAGCAAACAGAGCAAAGAGCAUGGACUCUGAUCUGUCAGAUGGCCCGAUUACAUUGCAGGAAUACAUGGAGGUGAAAAACGCACUCAGUGCUUCAGAGGCAAAGGUGCAGCAGCUGAUGAAAGUGAACAGCAACCUGAGUGAUGAACUGCGUCUGAUGCAGAAAAAACUCCAAACGCUGCAGAGUGAAAACACCACCCUCAAGCGGCAGGUCACUACGAAUAUCUGUCAAGUUCCCACCUGUUCAGAAUACCCAGGUCCCUCCAAUCCUUCAUCCUUAAAACGGCGCCCGUCUGCACGUGGCAGCCGGCCUAUGUCCAUGUACGAAACUGGCUCUGGUCAAAAAGCCUAUCUCCCAAUGGGGGACGUCACGUACCCAGAGGACAGUAUUUCAGGACUUCAGCCCUUUCCUCAACAUGACUUGUGCUAACAUACUCAUUGUAAUUUCAAGAAUUUAAAGACUGAUAGACCUUCAACUAACUUGAUUCGACCAGAUGCUAACAGAGGGGAAAAAGAAAAUGUCUGCUUGAAGCACUAGAUGGCAUACGAGUAUCAUAAAACCAUGUUUUUAAAACAAGCAGAUUAUUCCAUCAGAGAGAAGUUAAAUUUUGUCAUGUUUCAUUUUGUGUUGACACCACGAAUGGCAACAUUGACCUUGUAAGACCAGGUGUAUCUUUGCCUGGUCCCUGCUGAUACAUCAGUUGGAUUGUUGGAAUUCAACUGUCCCUUGACUGGGGGAGGGUGAGGGGUGGUGGGGGUUGCUGUUUUAUGCUUUUGAGCAACAAUGCUAGAGACUGUUACAUUGCUUUUUAAAGGAGAUUUGGAUUAGGCUUGGCUGUGCUGCUAUCUGUAAUUUGAAUAAUUGAUACAAGGGGCUGAAUUAUGCUUGAUCAGGUCCACAACUUGUGUACACUCCUGCACUAUUUCCAAAGCCCGACUUGUGUGACCAUAUGGCUUCCAAGAACACACAGGCCUCGCUUAUGUGAGCACUUUUUGAAGUAUGGUGAUCUGCAAGUGGUCACUGGACCUCAUUGCAUUAUUUUGAGUCCCUAUCCCCACACUAUCCUGAUGGCCUUUAGACAGUCUUUUUAAGUUUGUCCCAGAUGACUUGAGACAUUCAAAUCAGUUAAAGUAUAUCUUAAUUUAAAAUGUUAAAUUAUUUUAAGUUAAAGUAUUUCAUUUAAAAGCACGUUUAUCUGGUGUAAAUUUUGAAACAUUAGUAAAGAAAUAGACCAAACCAUUUCAGUUUAUCCUUUCCACACAGACUUAUGAUCCCAUUCGAAGCAAUGGGGCUGAGUUAGAUCCAUUAGCCAUAUCCGGCAUAGAGUUCAAAGUGCAUCUGCUCAUCAGCUUGGUGUGACCCGGAACUGCCCCUGACUUGGCUCUCUAAUGUGCAGGUGCUGAAGUACAGAAUCCAAUGAUCCACAAAGAGCAUGUUGCUGGUAGUUCUCUCCCAAUUCAUGGGAAAUAUGCAAGUGCGUUUCAAAUCCUGGCAAAGUACCAUCUUGGGCAAGGUUCUAGAAUCAGUGCCUAGGAAGGCAGGCACAGAAAUGGGGAAAGCUGAAGCUGUUAAAUAUCAUUUACACAUCUUUAUUUUUAACGAUUCAAAAAUCAUUAAAAGUAAUGUUCAUUUUAAAGCAAACUCUAUGCAUUGUUAUUUAAUUCUUUAGUUUCCCCAAAUAAUUAAAACACACCACCUUUGUUCUUUCAAUCUUAAAUUUUUGAUAGCAUUUACAGUUUUCAGUUAUGAAUAAUUAUGAAAAUGAAUAUCUGAAGGUUUAAGAUCUUCUAGGUGUCAGUUUUAUUGGUAUCAUUGUUCAUUCCCAUUGCUACAGGUUGGAUCCAGUCAUAAUUUUUUGCUAGUUAUACUUAUUACAUCAAUUUUAUGCAAGGAAAGCAAUAUAAAUAUUGCUGAUGUUACUCUUUGCAUGGUCACUUUUUUCUGUUUCUAACCUGGGUACUAGAAUUUCAAAACAGGGAGUUGGUGUUGUGGUAAAAGAGAUGUUUGUCUUUUAAAAGCAGUGAUAAUUCAGCCUUGACUUUUAGCUACUCAGUCUGCUGAAAGAUCUGCGAGAUUCCAUUUUUCCCUCUGCUACAUCAUUAUUUAACAGUUAUGAAGAGAAAAAUUGUUGCCCCAAAUGGAUUUAGCCUGAGCAUAACUAACUGUUUAAUUCAUUGUUCAGGUUUGAUUUUAAAUUGCAAACUAUCUUCAGAAUAUCUUUUUCACAAAAGUAUUGGUGUUUCAUCAAACUUCAGCUGGCUUUGCAGAGUCAUUUGAAUUUUGAAAAUUAGUAACUCACACUUAGCAGUGCUUGAAAUUUUAUAUUGCAGAAUUCUGUACCAAUUUCAAACAAAUCCAUCCUCGGGAUAAGAAUAUUUGGCCCAUUGAUAUCAAUGUUAGAUGAUUGAAUACUGCCAACAUCUCUUGUAUUUUGCCACAUAUUUUUCACUUCCAUGUAAAUUGGUAAAACAAAAACACAAAUUGAACCAGGAUGAAAUCCUUUGACCCCUCAUGUCUCCUCUGCCAUUCAAUGGAACACAUGAGUUUUCUUUUAUUUCUGCAGUACUUUACUGCACCAGUUCCAUAGGCAUUAUACCCUCAGUAUUAAAAGAUCAAUUCAUGCCUCUCUCUCUCUCUCUCUCUGUCCUAAAUAUAGUUAGCCACUGAGCCUUUAAGCACUGUUGGGGAAAGAAUUGAAGAGAUUGUGUAACUUUUGUGUGGAAAAUCUUCUGAACGUAGAAGGGAAUGAUUAAUUUUGAGAUUGUAGCCCUUAGUUCUAGAUACCCCGACCAGACAAAAUAAUUUACCCUUUGUCAAUUCUGUCAAAUUCAAAAUAAUUUUCAUUUUCCAAUGUGAUGAUCUGUUAUUCCUCCAAAUUCUGGAUUUGUAGGUCCACUCCACUACAUCUGUAAUGGGACAAUCCCUCCAUUCUAAUCUCAAUCAGGUAAACACUGGUGGUGUUCGCAUCACAAAAAAUUUACUCCUAGGAUGGGGAGACUAAAAAGAAAUGGAGAUUUUGAUUUGUAUGUUUAAAUAAUUCUACAUUAUAAAAUAAAAAGUUAUAUUAGUAUUGUUGGUUACCAUGGGCAAUUUGUUCCAAACCAAUAAAAAUGUAAUGAUUGAGUUGAAUCUGUCUGAACAAAAGGUAAAUAUUUUUGGAUGACUCUGUCCUCCUGAUUUUUACUUUGGAAAAACUUUGCUGGUUUAUUAAAUAACAAUUAAUGUAAAUGACAAAAUGUGUGUGUCUUAGUCAUAAGUUUAAUUUUACCAGUUGUACAUAGAUUAUUUUUCAUUCAUUCUUAUUACUUUUAAAUAUUGACUUGAUUUAUCUUCUGUGUAGGUAUGCCAAGUAACAACUUUAAAACAAGCAUUGAACUGAAUGUAAUAUUUGAAUAUGGACAUUGAAAUAAUUGUUGUACCUUGUAAAUAGAAUUAGUUUUGCUGCCCAUCAUUUCUUUAAAUCUGUUUAUUUACCAAAAUGAAAAUUUACCAAAACACAAGUUACUUUCUUUAACCUAUCCUAUCUCCCUUUUCUUGCCUCCAAUGAUGGGUCAGAUCUUAAGCUCCAGAACAGUAAUUUCCAUCAAUACCAGUCCUCUGAAGCUUUAUUUUAAAAGUCAGAAGACAAGCACACAGACAAAAUCGGUCUUCCAAUGAACUUUCUGUCGAUCCAUCAGGGACCUUCACUGUGACACUAGUUUCUCCAUAGAGCUCUGUGUCCCAGGGAAAUUGCUGGCCCUUCCAUUGAUGAGAACCCAAACUGCUGAACCCCAGGCUCAGACAAGAACAGUUGACCUGAUUCUGACUGCUUACCAAGAAUUCUUUGGAAUUCAUUCAUUGGAGUUUAUCUUCCAAAGAAGUGACACACCAAACCAGAGAAAUGUAUCUGUGGGAUUGGGUGAAAAUGAACCAAAUGAAAUGUUGCAUUGUACCUAACAGAAUGCACUGAAGUUCUUCAUAUUUUUCGCAUUUAGUCACAGCAGUUAGUUCCUGCAUUGACUCCUGCAGGAAAGCCGCCUCCUGAGUAAAGUGUUUGGAUUUGUAGAUGUCUGUGUUACUCAGUCACAGAGAUACAGCUUGGAAGUUGGCCGUUCAAUCCAAUCGAUUUCUGCUAACCAUCUAUUUGCAUGAAUCCUGCAUUAAUCUCAAUUCUUAUUCUCCCCACAUUCUCAUCAGUUUUCCUUAAAUUUAUCACUGGGGUAAUUGCAUUAAUCUACAUUAAAUGGUUGGUUCAUUAUGCACAAGUAUGUAGCUAGAUUUUAAAAUAUUCAAGAUGAGACUUAGGAAAUUGGUCAAUAAUAGGAUUGAUGUAUUGUAGGCUUUCUGUAGGAUCAUCUAUUUCUUCAUUCAAAAAAAGUACAAAUAAACUGCAAUCUAUAUCAGAAUUCCUAGUUUCCAAUUUGUUUCAUUAGUUGGCAUUUUUAUUUUUUGAAAUCACAGAUCAUUAAAGAAUACUUUACACAGAAUCCUAUCUUGGAUGUCACCUUAAGGGAAACCACCUUAAGUGAUAUUAUUGGUCCAGCAAUGGUCAGCUAAACAAAAAGUUGCUUAAGAAAUAGUAGUCCGAUCUUGCUUCUGUUAUAUCAGGAUAACGAGGAGCGAUGACUAAAGGUCAGUAAGUAAAUGUGAUGAGUUAUUUAAUAGGAAUAUGCUUCAUUUUAGUGAACAUAAAUUUGGAUAGUUGAGAUGGAUUUCUAUUUUUUUGUUAGUACAAUGUUCAUAACUUUACAAAUAUUACCAAUUUUACUCGAUCAUACUGAUAAGGCAUUCUACAUAUUUUGUGGAUUGCUUGACAAUUUAUUGCAUUUUAACUAUAAAUACUCAUUUUUUAAAAAAAUAUUAAGCAGUGUCCACGUGCAAAAACUUGGCAUACCUAUAUGUUUAUAGUCUGUAGAUUCAUUCUCUUUCAUUGUUUUUCUUGUGUUUAAUUUUUUGCCCGAGUGUUU